UGUCUUCUUUUCGUUUUCGUCGCUCUUGCAAGCAAUUCUUUGGCUCUGAAAAAUGAAAUCUGUGGAUUACCCCCUGCCGCUAAUGGCCUUUGCUUGGCACGUUUCCGUCGCUGGUCUUAUGAUUCUCAAUAUAACGUAUGCUUUCCAUUUACCUACGGAGGAUGUCAGGGCAACGAAAAUUCAUUUGAGACCCAGGAAGAGUGUAUGGCUAAGUGCGUGGAGUAAUAUCUCUACAAAGAUAUCUGUAUCUAUGAUCUGAAUGUAUACGUACGAAACACAAUACAAGGCUCGUUUAUGUUUGAGAAACGUUUAGUUAGCCUUACAAAUCAUCAUUUAA